AUCAGAUCGACAGUCGCAACAUGUUCUGACGUGGAGUCAGUCAACAGUCAGUGUCAGUGCUAAUGUUGUGACAGUGUGACAGUGUGACAUGGCGACCAAGUGUUUGACAGUGCUGCUGAUUGCUGCCUUGGGAACGCAGCAGGUCGCGGCUGAAAGAGAUCACGCGUCAGCUAUAGUCGGCAACACAGCUCGCCUCCGUUGUCGGAUCGACGGCAAGUCCUGUGGAGACCUCCACAGCAUCAAGUGGUACAAGGCUGACACCAGGGUUUACGUGUAUUCAGCAUCCAAAGAUGCAGCCAUCAACAGGCCUGAGGGAGAGAUGAUGGACAGGAUAUCCAUCUCCCAUGAACCAAACGCCACAUUCGCCGAGCUGGUGAUAGCCAAUGUGAAAGCCGAAGACGAGGGUGUGUUCCGCUGCGAGAUAACGUACCUCCACGUCGGAGAGGACUGCAACACUGUUCAAGUCACCGACUUCCAUACCUACAUCAAACCCAAGUCAGUGGAAGUGACGGCAGGUGAUCAAACCUUAGCUGAUGGUGCAGUCUUGGGCCCCUUACUGGAGAGGACCAAGAUCGACAUCAGUUGCACUGUGAUUGAAGGGAAACCGCAGCCGAAGGUGGUUUGGUACUUUAAUGGGAAGCAGAGGCUGGAUGCGCAAACAACAACUCCAAAUGCGACGACGUUCCAACAUGUCCUGCCUCUGACGGUCACGCGGGCGGAGCUGGGAGGCGAGCUGAAGUGUAUAGUCUCAUCGGCGGCGUUAGACGAACCAAUUGUGAGAAAAGUGUUACUAGACGUGGAAGUGCCACCGAAUAAAGCCUUCAUAUCGGGCGUGGGGGAACAUGCAACACAAGGCACGCUACUGACUCUCAUGUGCACAGCAUCAGGAGCUAGACCAGCAGCCAAGAUCGAGUGGUACAAUGGAACGGAGAAGCUGGAUCCUGAGCAGCAUAACAUCCAUCAAAGGGACCUGGAAUCGGGAGACACGACUUUCGAGACGACAUCAAACCUGACUUUCGAAGCAACCCGCUUCGAAAACGGACAGAAGUUUCACUGUGAAGCUGCUAACAAGGUCACAUUGGAGACUAAAGACCAUCCGAUGCAUGCUACUAGGGAAUUAGAAAUUUGGUACCCACCAAUGGUUCGAGUGGAACCAACAAACAUCACAGUUGUGGAAGGAUCCAAGUUGCUGCUCAAAUGCGAAUAUGAAAGUAAUCCAUCAUCGUUGAACCACGUCGUUUGGUACAGAGACGGCAAAGAAGUAAAUGUUAAUGAUACAUCACAUUAUCAAGGUGGAACAACAGAUCAACAUUCAUUGAUCAUAACAGAUGCUAGAGGUGAUGAUACUGGCAACUACACUUGUUUGUUGACUAAUGCUGUUGGAAACGGAACUAGUGGAGAUAGUAUACAUGUUAAUGUAUUAUAUAAACCUCAAGUUCGACUAACCAUGAGCUCCCCAAGCCCAAUCUUAGAGACAGACCACAAGAAUGUUACUCUAACUUGCGAAGUUGUGAGCGGGAAUCCACCAAUCCUGGAUGAGGUUAUUUGGUAUUUGGAUGGAGAAAUUCUAAAGCAUUUACCCGAGUGCAAUGGAACUGAUGGAGAAGAAAACUUGUGCAACGAAGUGGAUCCGUCGAUGCUGUUGCUCCAAGACACAACGAAGAGCUUCCACGGGAACUAUUCCUGUAAAGGCAAAAACUACGCCGGUUGGGGAAAUGAGAGCGAAAAGACUGAAUUGGUUGUGAAUUAUCCACCUGGACCUGCUAAAUUGACGUAUUCUCCGUGGCGAGUCGUCAAGGGGAAAAGUCUCGUGCUCAGUUGCAGUAUCAAGGAGAAGGGAAGACCAGAAUCUCAUAGAUUCCGGUGGCAUCGCGGUGGACGAGUCGUCAGCGAUAUCGUCUCCCAGAACUGGACCAUCGAUCCAGUAACCCUGGACCACAGGACCAGCUUCUCAUGCCGGGGAAUCAACGCUGGUGGAGAAGGGGAACCGGCCACGACCUCAAUUGAUGUUCUUGCUCCACCUAGCUUCAAAUAUGCAAUGAAUCACUACAGCGGAGCACUUUACAAAUCUCAGAAUAUCUCAUUAUCAUGCACGGUGGAGUGCGCGCCUCUAUGCAGCGUGCAAUGGCUGAAGGAUGGUCAAGUAAUUGAUGAGAAGAAUGAACGCUACUAUGUGGUGACGAGGAAAAUCGAACCUCAAGUCAACAGGAACGACUUCGAAGCCACUGAGUCUACACUGCACUGGAACAUGUCCGCGUGGGCGGGCGGCGCGCUGGGCCGGUCGGACGCGGCGUCGUACACGUGCCGCUCGUCGCGCAACGCGGCGGGCGCGCCCGUCGACAGCACCACCAAGUUCGCAGUCGAGUAUGAACCUGAAAAUAUUACGGUAACCCCAAAAGUGGUGUCUGUUAUUGAAAAUGAAAUACCAGCCAAAGUCGUCUGCUCAGCCAGAGGUUUCCCAGUGCCCAGCUACUCCUGGCGUCGGGAGCACUCCUCGAAGUCUGCCAGCAAGGACCACACCAACAACUCCUUGAUCCUGUCGUCCUCCAACACACUGCUGCUAGGUCCUGUGCAGAGGAAGGAUGGUGGCCACUACCUGUGUGAAGCUUAUAAUCGACAUGGAUCUGUUAACACCACUGUAUUCCUUGAUGUUAUGUUCGUUCCGGAAUGCGGAAUCAAGCAGAUAGAGUUGGAUGGGGAACAAGUUUUGGUAUGCACAGCACAUGCCAAUCCUUCAGAGGUUUUAUUCUCGUGGAGAUUGAAGAAUGAUAAUGACAGCCUGACUGAUGAGAAGAUAUGGCAGGUCGGCGCUCAGAGUUACUUACGCCUGAGCACAAGCGUCGAAGUCUACAGGACUUACUUAUGUUUCGCUAACAACACUGUCGGUACCUCCAGACAAUGCGAGCGUGAUGUUAUGGGCCGAGUACCCUGGUGGCGGGAUCAACAGAAACUGAUACUGAUCGGUGGCAUAGCUCUUGCCAUUCUGGUGAUCACGGUGAUACUCUGUAUCAUCAUCAUCUGCGUGUGUCGGCGGAUGAGGGCGAAAUCCAAAUAUAAUAAUCCUGUGGAACUCGAGGAACGCGAGAAUCCGGAUGGUAGCUGUUUAAACGAGGUGUCAAUAGCUCAGUCGAUAAUAUCACAAGCUUUGCCCGCAUUAUCACCACGAUUAAGCAUAUCUUUUAGUCCCAAAACAUCGGAUCGUACUCGACUUGUCGACUCACAGAGCUAUCCUAAUUUAGAAAUGAAUAAAUUUAAUGAAAAUACCAGUAGCUUACAAGCAAACCUUUCACAAUUAGAAGCAACAAUAAAUAAUCAAGUGAUAGAAGAAGCAACUGAAACACAAACACCAAAAAUUGAAUCCAAAAGUGAGAAUAAUAAAGGACAAACUAUAAUGACUCCUAGUAAAUGGCCGUUGAAACCAGGUGUACUCGUUCAUGUGAAUUCUAAUCAUUCAUUGAGUCCUAAAAACCAAGCACGACUUCAAAAUGCAAACAAUCAACAAAACACUGAUCAGACAGAAGCCAAUUUAGGAUUACUUGAGCGAAAUAAGAAAAAUGACGAUGAUAAACUUCCCUCUAAGACUGAAUAUUCUAGAAAGAAUGGAAAACCAAGAAGGCAUACACAAAAUGUUGUAUCUGGAAUUCUAAAAGGAUUAAGAAAACGAAACGAAGAUUCUGAUGACGACAGCGGUAAAUACAAGAAGAUAAAUAAGACUAACAAAAGAGCUAUGUCAUUGAUGAGUUUGAAUAAACCGGGUUAUAGUUUACCAAAAAGUAGAUUUAGGUCAUUGUUUCACAGCGAAACACCGAAUGUUAUUGUAACUGAAGGAGUGGUAUCGUUCAAAAGACCUGAUAGAAUAGCAUCCACAAGCGUUAAACAUUUAAACGAUGAACCUGCUAAGAUUACAAGGAAGCGGAAGAAACCGGGAGAGAGCCCACCUACGAAUGGCGUAGAUAAUGCGGCGAACGGCAAUCUAGGAGCGGACAAUCCAGGACUCUACGAAAAUUUGCCGUUCCAUGGUCUCCAACAACCACCGAAUAAGCCCGUGCAAGCUAUCCAACCUAGAGUGGUCGAAACCAAUAAAAAAACUGUAAAAGGGAUUCAACAAUUACAAAAGCAAUUGACAACUAACCCUUCAUUCACCCCAAGGGUAGUAUGUCCACCAUUCGUACAAAGUGCUAUUACAUAUCCAGUUUCACCAGCGUCAAGUUCCCAGUACUCAUAUGGUAUACCACUUUUAUCUCCUAUUCAACAAAUGUAUCCACUGCAUCCAACGGUGUUAUUGAAUCCGUACUUACCUGCGAUGCAAUCAUCUUUCCUUAAACAAUUCCCCACUAUAGACGAAGAGAUCUCAGACACUGAUACGAGAAAAUUCUCCUCGCUAAAUGUGAGAAAUGAGAGGAAAAUAAAAAGAAUACCACAGUUUCAAUCCAUGAGGAUAGUGAGGAAACGAAAUAUAGAGAGAUUUUAUCCUAAUACGGAAUAUGGAGAAAAUUUUAAUGAAAUUAAUAAUAAUAAAGAAAAUCAAGAAGAAAUAGAGAACGAAAAAGAAACGGACGAUGUAGCUGAUAAAGAUAUAAUUUAUGCUAAUUAUCCAUCAUUGCUUAAAGUUAAAUCAAAUAUAAGUGGAAUCCAAGAAUUCGAAAAUUUAACUGACUCAAUUCAAAUAUACGAAGAAAGUAUAGAUAUGAACACGUCUACUACAUCCUUAAAUAGACCAGUUCCUGCACCUAGAACUAAAAUAUCGCCUGUUAUAUCACCUACAAAAUCAGAUCAUGUUUAUAUGAAUUUAUCUAUGCCAAUGAUAAACUCCAAACUCUCAGAAUCAAUUGAUACUAUUGAUGGUGCUAUAAGACCUACUAAGUCUGCAGAAGAUUUACCAAAAACUGUUAAUAAAUCUCAAACACCUUCAGUUGUUGCGCCAAAAAGAACAACAAAAAGUGGUCUACCAGAAAGUAACACCACUAAUAAAAAAGUCGAGGAUGAGGAAAACUCAGAAUCUAAUAAACCAAAUAUCAUAGGUGCAACGCCUAAAAGGCACCUAUCUGUAAUACUACCAUCUACUUCACUCGUGAAAUCGGUUGUUAAUCAAUUAAAUGAACAAGCAGGAAUAAACAAAGUCGGUUUACCUAUGAAACAAGUAAUAUCACCAAAUAAAACGUUACAAAUACCAAAGCUGACUGAAAAACCUAUACCAAAGAAAUCAUUAGUUAGACGUAGUAACUCUGUUCAAAGCCAUUUAACUGCGUACAAUGAAAACGGUCAGAAUACUAACAUACUACAGCAACAGUACAUGCAAAAACGAAAUCAUUUUACUAACUUAAGUUCUAAAGGAAAAAACAAGAAGAAUUUCCAAAUACCAUUACAGAAACAUCAUAGUUUCUGUUAUUUUCAACCUAUUAGAGUAGAUAAAAGAAUACCUGUAGAUCAAGAAAGAGCGUACAAUAAUACUAUAGGUCCUUUAAUAUACCAGCCGGCCGAGGCACAAUAUUAUACGAAAACAUUAAACAGAACUCGAGAAAAGAACAGUCACAAACUCAAUCGUUUGAAAAAAUCUGAAAGUCUACGAGAAAAAUUGUCGUGUGUCGGAGUUUACGACAAUUAUGAAAAACCUGACUAUCCAGAGCCAGAAUAUAAUGAAUCAGAAAGAAGAUCAUAUUUACACCUCCUGAAAGGGAACUACAUAUCAAAUUCAACAAGAAACUUGGGUCCCGAGCAGACAACGAGUUCGAAUUUCAACACGCUCGGUCCUAGAGAUGAGAAACCUAAACAUAAAAAAUUAGUGUACGCUGAUUUAGCUUUAGGUAAUCACAAUUUGAAAUUUAAGAAUACAGUCAAUUCUAAUAGACAUUUGUAUGAUACAUACACUAUAGGUAACGCUGAUAGUACUAACAAAGAUAUUAAUAGUAGUUAUAAGAGUAAUGUACCUAGUAGCCAAAGAAAAGGUAGUCACAAUCAACAGAGAAGUGAUUAUGCUACACUUAAAUUUAAUGAAAUCGACGUUUGAGAGCCUUUUAGACCGGAUGACCAGUUUAUAUACGCUGACGCCGAUCUCAAAGACUACGGGCCAAUCAACUACAAGGCAGCGUCGAUCUACU